AUGGCGUCCGGCGCGUCGUCGUCUCCCCCGCUGUCGGUGCUCUCGCUCGCUGCGGUCGUCGUCCUCCUGCUCGCGGCGCGCGGCGGGGCCAGGCCGCCGCACUCGCUCCGCGGCGUGCGCCCGCUCGCCUUCGACGAGGGGUACGCCCAGAUCUUCGGCAGCAGCAACCUCGCGCUCCUCCGCGACGGCCGCCGCGUCCACCUCGCCCUCGAUGAGUCCACCGGCGCCGGGUUCGCGUCGCAGGACCUGUUCCUCCACGGCUUCUUCAGCGCCGCCAUCAAGCUGCCCGCCGACUACGCCGCGGGCGUCGUCGUCGCGUUCUACCUGUCGAACGGCGACGUGUACGAGAAGACGCACGACGAGCUGGACUUCGAGUUCCUGGGCAACGUGCGCGGGCGCGAGUGGCGGGUGCAGACCAACGUCUACGGCAACGGCAGCACCCACGCCUGCCGGGAGGAGCGCUACGACCUCCCCUUCGACCCCACCGACGACUUCCACCACUACUCCAUCCUCUGGACCAGCCAACGCAUCAUAUUCUACGUGGACGAGACCCCGAUCCGGGAGGUGGUGCGGACGGCGGCCAUGGGCGCGGCGUUCCCGUCCAAGCCCAUGUCCCUGUACGCCACCAUCUGGGACGGCUCCACCUGGGCCAAUGCCAGCGCCAGCCAUUGA